AUGCAAGAGACUCUGCUGCGGGUGUUUGUGGUGGUUGUGGGACUCCUGGUGUGUCCAAAGGACGACCCCACACUGCAGGAUUGGGAUGAAGUCUUUACUGCUGGAUUGCAAAAGCCUGAAGAGAGGCUGUGGAAGGAGGAAGAGCAAAAAGUGGCACCUGUCAGUGAGAAGACGCUGACAGAAUCUGACAAAGAGACUCAGGAGGACAUUAACAGAAAUGUUGAAGAUCAGAGUUUGUCAGGUACUGUUGCCAGAGAAAAAGUCAGGAUGCCAGAUGUGGAUGUUCCCGUCACUCAGCAGGUCUUGGAAGAGGAAAACCCACGUCUACCUGGAUACAAAGGAGAGCCGGCUCUGGAGGCCUCCCAGCAAAAGGGAAAACUUUUCCUGCUUUACAGGUCACAUGACGAGCCAGGGAGUCUGCAGUGGGAGGACACAAAACCAAAAAUGACCCCCUCACAAGAAUCUCCUGUUCACACAAAGACGACAGAAAAGAAAAGCUCAGGGAGGGCAGCGGCACAGUUCAAGGCCGAUUACCUAAAACACCUUUGGAACGCCUUCUCUAUUAUCUCCACGGUUUGUUUCUUUUGGAAAUACUUUGGAGGAAAUUCCCGAAAGGACCACCAGGAACCCAAGGCUUUCCCUGUGACCAGCAUGGCUGCAGAAACACCACUCCCAGAGGUCAACGUUCUGCACCAGUUUUACGUCAAAUGCGUUCAAGCACCACCUGAGAGGAGAUGCAGGGAGGAGGAGUUCCUGGAAGGCUUUGCUAGCGACCUGCUGGCAGCCAUGAGGAGCGUCUGUGAUGAAGACGGCGGGAUGAAGGUUCAGGACUUCCACAUGAUGAGCGUGAACGAGAUCAUCGUUCCUCUCGCUCCACCUGAUCCCUACGGCUUUCAGUGUCUGCUCUCAAACAACGAGGGUGGUGUCCCUCCGCCAGACGCGCAGGUCUGGGGUCAGAUCAAGCUGGUGGAGGAUGCCGUGGUCUCUAACGGCUGCCCCUGUCAGGCCUCGGGGGCAAAUGAGGACGUGGUUUGUCUGGUUCACUGUGAACCAAAAAAAGUCAAAGGAAAAGUGUCCGAUACUAGUGAUGGCCUUCUGUGCUCCAAGAACACUCACUUCCUGUCAAAAUCCAGAGUCACCAGGUGGUUCCAGAGCACUCUGAAACAAGCCUGGUCCCUGAUCUCGCACAAGUACGACUUUGACCUCAGCCUUUGCUACAUCGAGGCCCCGGGGGCUCUGGUCAUCCGGUUCAGGUCUGGGAAGAAGCUCAGCUUCAGGAUGAACCCGGUGGUUAGAUUCAACACCGAGGCUCAUUUCUUCAUUGCCCCCUGGUCCUCCAGCGGUCUGGAUACUUUCUGGACACUCUCCCUGACCGCCUAUGAGGACCAGCUCAUGCACCACCUCUCCGAGCGGCUCCCCGACAACUCCUGUCACAGUCAGACACUAGAAAUCGCACUUUUCCUCCACAGAAGACACGCAGCCUGGUUCGGCAGUACGGCACUGAGAGAUUUCCACUUCAAAGCUGCGCUGAUGCAUCUCCUUCUGAAGAAGAAGCCAUCGGAGUGGGGCCCAGGUGACGCGGACCACCGGCUGAGGGAUUUGCUGACCUUCAUGGAGAGAAGCCUUCAGAGGAAACAGCUGAAGCAUGUCCUCCUUGGAAACUCCUCCAUCACACUGAUGAAACUCCCCGUGGAGAUCACCAAAACCAACCCGGUCAAUCUCCUUCAGCCUCUUGUCCAGCACGACUGCGUGUACAGAAGCACAGUCAUGAGUUUUCAGGAUAUGCUCAGAAAUGCUCACAUGUUGAUACAAGACUAUGUUGCUCAAUAUUCUGAAGACACCAAUGGCACCAUGAAAAACCCUUCAAGUGACCAAUAACCUCUUCUUAUUUAAAAACUCUUUAAAUGGUAUGAAUAUACUAUUUAAAGAGUUUUAGUUUCAAACAAAGAGACUUUCUUUAUUUAAGAAAUAGCAGGACUGUUCUUUUAUCCCAUAAUACUGAAGUGGACGUUACAGAAGAGGCUGGACGUGAAUCCCUCUUGAUGCAUCAUUUGUUUGCGCCAUUUCAACAGAGUUCUUCAGUUAAAGUGAUGUGGUCCUUUUCAGGAGGAAGUCUUGCAUGAGCCGACGGCCACGUACUCACCAUCCAAACGCUAAAGCCUAGCAUGCAACCUGCUGUCAGUGUCAUCAUGUCUGAGUUCACCUGUGGGUUGACUGCUCCUGAUUCAAGAGCGUUGACUUUGCAGCUCAGCGCUCACAGAGGAAGAGCUUUUAAUUUAAAACACGGAACCACUCUGAAUUCACACAGCCUUGCAGAGUCUCUGUGAACCGCACAUCAUCAUAUGACAUUGGUUGUCAACAAUGACAACACCAUGAGGAUGUGGAGACAGAAGCGAAGCUCUGUGGAUGAAGUCUGAGCUUCUGAUAUGCUGGGUUUAAACUCAUGGUUAGCUAACUAAUAGUUAAAAGUUAUCUUGAAUGUAAAUAUUUUUUGUGAGUAAAUGGGAUUUUAUUAAAUAAA